UCUCGUAGUCGUAACUACAUACAAAAAAUGAAGUCUCCAGAGUCGUCAUGACGCAGAUUUAGAAAACUUUUGUCCACGCCGAACGGAAAUCGAAAGCAUUUUACUUACAGAUUAGUUUUCACCUUUCCGACUUUUUCUGUGUCCAAGCUGUAGUAAUGCCCGCCGGGAUGUUCAGCAUAGACAGUAUCUUGUCCGGCCGACCGAGCUGCAAGGAGCCGCUUCUGCUACAUAGGGGCGGCCCACUGGUGCUGUCCGCCGGCCUGACGGAUUCUAUCUACACCGACUAUAACGGACUGUACACGACCACAUGUGGACCUUCUCCCCCCAGUAUUCAGUCUGUGAACGGGACCAGGAUAGGAUAUAACGGUUAUUACUACGGACAGCUGCAGGUCCAGGGCGCUGGAGGAGGACCGCCGUGCUGCGGCUCUGUGCCCGGCCUCAGCUCACAGCAGUGCCCUUGCAUCCCAGCAGGCUACGACAGCACAAGCUCUGUGCUGAUCUCUCCGGUCCCUCACCAGAUGAUGUCCUACAUGAACAUGGGCAGCCUGUCACGAACCGAGCUGCAGCUAUUAAAUCAGCUGCAUUGCCGCAGGAAGAGGAGGCACCGAACCAUCUUCACUGACGAGCAGCUGGAAGCUCUGGAGGGCCUCUUCCAAGAGACCAAAUAUCCGGACGUCGGCACCCGAGAGCAACUGGCACGCAAAGUGCAUCUCCGAGAGGAGAAGGUUGAGGUUUGGUUCAAAAACAGACGCGCUAAGUGGAGGAGGCAGAAAAGGUCUUCAUCAGAGGAAUCGGAGAACUCUCAAAAAUGGAACAAAUCGACCAAAACGUCUGCUGAGAAAACCGAGGAGAGUAAAAGUGAUGUGGACUCGGACAGCUGAUAAUAUAAUAAAGCAACCUAACGGGAAAAGUGUAUGUACAUACAAUUGAUGUGGACUCAAUAACAUGCAGGUGCUGUGAUGAAACGUGUUGCCACCGUGCACAGUUGUACAUAUCUACAUUAUAUUAUGGAUUCUUUAUCCGCUAUUUAUAUUUAAUUUAAGGUAUGUUGCGAUGUUAUGUCUGCCAAAGAAUGUGGCGGCUGGCGGAUUGACUUGCCUGGAUAUAUCUCAAUGUUAUACGUGACGUUUUUAUGGAUGUUAAAUAUUGUAUUUCUGGUAUUUUAUUUCAUUUUUAACAGUAUUAUAUUCCACAGUAUGUUA